AUGGAAAUAGACACGGAAAAAGGAUUUUUGCCAAAAACCUCGACAGACUUGCAAAUUGAGCCUCUAGAUGAUAAUAUUGUUGACUGGGAUGGUCCCGAAGACCCCGAGAACCCUCUCAACUGGACGAAAAAUAAGAAGAUCGGUGCCACAGUCUCGAUCGCGCUGAUCACCCUCCUCACGCCAUUGGGUUCAUCAAUGUUUGCCCCAGGAAUAGGGUAUUUGACAAAAGACUUCCACUUGACAAGCACAGAAAUCGAAUCGUUCGUGGUCUCUGUUUACCUCUUAGGUUACUGCUUUGGACCUCUCCUUAUUGGCCCGUUAUCUGAAUUAUACGGUCGACGAAUCAUGUACAACGCCUGCAACCUUCUCUAUGUGAUAUUUACCGUUGCAUGUGCCGUCGCACCCGAAAUUGGGAGCUUAAUCGUAUUUCGCUUUUUUGCGGGCUUCGCAGGAAGCUGUCCCUUAACAAUAGGCGCCGGUUCUAUUGCAGAUAUGUUUGUACAGGAGAAGAGAGGCGCGGCAAUUUUGCUUGUCAUCUUGCCCAAUCCCGACCCGUCUGGCCCGGUGCACCGCAUUAAAGCGCCCAAAGCUAAUACGUUCGACAGGGCCUUUUGGAGCCUAGGUCCUCUUUUAGGACCAGUUGUAGGGCCUGUAGCAGGUGGCUAUCUCACUCAAGCAAAGGGCUGGCGAUGGACAUUCUGGGUUCUUACCAUGGCCAGUGGAACUGUGAGCAUUUUGUCGAUUUUCACAAUCAAGGAAUCUUACCCACCUACUCUCCUAGCUCGAAAAACGAGGAAAAUGCAACAGCAGACCGGCAAUCUUAAUUUGCGAUCCAAACUGGAUACUGGCCGGACGCCAAAGGAAUUAUUUAUGCACGCAAUUGUUAGGCCUACUAAAAUGCUGUUCCUUUCGCCGAUUGUCUUCCUGAUGUCCCUCUACGUUGCCUUGAUCUACGGAUACCUCUAUCUGUUGUUUACAACUAUCAGUGAAGUGUUCGAGGAUCAAUAUGGUUUCUCACAGGGCUCUGUGGGACUCGCAUACCUAGGGAUUGGUAUAGGCAGCAUAAUCGGGCUCGUGUUCCUCGGCGCAACCUCCGACCGUCUGCUGAAAUACCUUACGGCCAAGAAUGGAGGAGCUUCGAAGCCCGAGUAUCGUUUGCCACUUAUGAUUCCCGCGUCCUUAUUUGUUCCGGUCGCUUUAUUCAUGUAUGGAUGGACAGCGUAUUAUAAAGUUGCCUGGAUUGCCCCUAUCAUCGGAACCUCAUUUCUAGGCGUUGGCAUGAUUUUGGCAUUCAUGACGGUCGGCACUUAUCUAGUAGAUGCGUUCACAAUUUAUGCUGCCUCUGCUAUGGCAGCGAAUACUGUUCUCCGAUCCUUGGCUGGUGCCCUGCUUCCACUCGCCGGGCCAGCGAUGUAUCAGACUCUUGGACUUGGCUGGGGAAACUCGUUGCUAGGCUUUAUUGCUCUGGCCAUGUUCCCAUUACCUAUUCUGUUCUACAUAUAUGGAGAGCGCAUCAGAACAAGCAAGAUGUUUAGGGUUGAGUUUUGA